CUCCCUCCUCAUGAUGCCGGUGUCCCUGGCCCGCGCCUGCCGCAGUCUGGCGCUCUCAACAUGGCUGCUGUCCUUCUGCUUCGUCCACCUGCUGAGCCUGGACUUCACGGUGGCCGAGAAGGAGGAGUGGUACACGGCCUUCGUCAACAUCAGCUACGCGGAGGCGGCCGGCGGCGGGGCCGAGUGGCGCUCGGAGCGGAGCGAGUGCGGCCGCUACGGCCAACACUCGCUCAAGCAGGACGCCCGGGGGGUCCUGGCCCUGCCCGCCCCCCACGACAGGCUGGGCUGCGACCCGCACUCCCGCUUCGCCUCGCCUCCCUCCGGGCCCGGCGGCCCCCGGGCCUGGAUCGCGCUGGUGCCCCGCGGCAACUGCACGUACAGGGAGAAGAUCUGGCACGCCGCCAGGCAGAACGCCAGCGCCGUGGUCAUCUACAACGUGGGGGCCGGCAAUGUCAACGAGACCAUCACCAUGCCUCACGCUGGAACCGGAGACAUUGUCGCCAUUAUGAUUCCUGAGCUGAAAGGGCGAGAGAUUAUGAGCCUACUUGAAAAGAAUGUCACCAUAAUGAUGUACAUUACAAUCGGAACACGUAAUUUACAGAAAUACGUCAGCCGAACCUCAGUUGUAUUUGUGUCAAUCUCGUUCAUUGUGUUAAUGAUCAUUUCGCUGGCCUGGUUGGUCUUCUACUACAUCCAGAGGUUCAGAUAUGCAAACGCUCGAGACCGGAAUCAGCGCCGGCUUGGGGAUGCUGCUAAAAAAGCCAUCAGCAAACUUCAAGUCAGAACAAUCAAAAAAGGUGAUAAGGAAACUGAAUCAGACUUUGAUAAUUGUGCUGUUUGUAUUGAAGGUUACAAGCCAAAUGACGUAGUGCGAAUUUUGCCAUGCAGGCAUCUAUUCCAUAAGACGUGCGUGGAUCCAUGGCUGCUAGAUCAUCGCACAUGCCCAAUGUGCAAGAUGAAUAUUCUCAAAGCACUAGGAAUUCCGCCAAAUGCAGAUUGUGCAGACGAUGUAACAACUGAUUUUGAAGGAUCAAUAGGAGGGCCACCAACUAAUCAGAUAACGGGUGCUAGCGAUGUGACGGUGAAUGAGAGCUCUGUUGGCCUUGAUACUCCUGUUCGAACUAUUGGUCUUUCACAGAUCAUACAGGACAGUGAAGCUCUUCAGCAAGUUGAAGAGGUUAAUAUUACUACUAGUAACAAUGAUGAAGAACGAGUUGUGAGUAGUGAUUCCGACACCUCAUUGAUUCUCGCUGUUGAAGUUGGACUUUCUGACGUGGAACUCUCCACCGACCAGGACUGCGAAGAAGUGAAAUCAUGAAAGGAGAUGAACUUUAUAUCUCUCUUUCUCUCUCUGGAUUUGGACCAGGCCAAGCUCACAGAGUGACUGCAACAAAUAUUCAAUGCACUCAAAAUUGGGAUGUUUGUGAGAGCAAUAGCGACAAUCGUUUACUCUUCCUAGACACAGCUUCUUUAGCAUUGAUGUCCAUCUUCACCAUGAGGAACCUGCAAGCUUAUCUCUUGCCCAUUCCUAUAUAAAAAAAAACUUCUUUAACCGACCUACAAUACAUGAAAAAAUUUGCAAUUUGUGUGUUUUUUUGCUUUAUCCCUAUAGUCAUCUUUACAAAUGUAUGUUUUUUUUCCUCUCUUUUUGUUAGUUUUUGUGACUGGCCCCAGCCUUUUCAAGAGUUUGUUCCUAAAGCAUUUCCAGUUUUUGUAUUAAAAGGACAGAUCCUUGGAAUCACUGCCUCAAUAUUAUAACAUACAGUCGGUGCAUCUAAGUUAUGAACUGAAUCGGCUUCCAAUUCCUGAACCCGCAGUGAAAUAUUAACCGUUUGUGUGGUGAGCUUUCACAAAAUGUUUUGAUUUAAAAAAGAAAGAAAAUCAGAGCAGUCAGCUUGCAGGUGCUGAAAAGACUUCCAAAAGUUCAUCUGCCAUCGCUAACAUAUCGUAGCUUACAGAAGAGCUAGCAGAUGUAUUAUGUAGAGAUGUUGAUGCAGUGUGCGCCGACAGGAAUUGAGACACAGUGAAUGUUCCAGAAACAGCAAGCUUGCACUCUGUAAGGAUCAAUUGUAGACUGAGUUGCGUCCAUAUGUGUGCGUGAGGUUCGUGUUUGGCAUUUUCCACCCUUCUGUUUACCCUCCCCUUCAGUAUGUGGCAUUGUGGUCAUUAAUGUACAUGCCUGAAAAGAAGAAUCACAAGCAUUGUAUACACAUCAAUUUUUAAGUGAUGGAAAUCUAAAUUAUUUUAACAGAAUCGCUCAAUACCAAUCACCUUCAACCAAAACUGCACAAAAAGCUGUAUUUUAAACCAGCUGUCUGCAUUGAAAUAUUACAUGAAUUCAAAUUUCUAAAGUUGAUAUCUGUUCUAACAACAUUUUAUUGUUCAGUGAAAGCAUGUGAAAGUAUAUUUGAAUUACAGUAUCAUCAUGCUAUCCUUCAGUCUAUCGCACGUCUUCUCGGAAACACUACAGGAAGUAUUCAGGAAAUUAGGAGAGUGCUAUAGCUUUUCUUCAGAUAGAUGCUUCCUCCCCUAAAAGGACCCCUUUGUGCACUAGCCUGGGUUGGAAAGGUUUUAUACUCUCUCCAGGUGGGAAAGAAGACUAUCACAAAGAUACUUUUAACAGGAGCUGUAUAUUAAAACAAAUUGGAACUA